AUGCUGACUAUAUUCACCGUUGUUUUCCUAGGCCUUUGCGUCAAGGGCCUGGGCGUUUUGCACUCUCGCUCCUACUUUUACGUUGGUCAAUCCUACGAAACGCAAAAUGGGUCGACGAUCGCUCAUGGAGCUAUGUAUGUUGAACACCUUAUCCCAGCAAGAAUCGCCCAGCCUUUCCCACUUGUCUUUAUUCAUGGUCUUGGUAUGACGGGAACCAACCUACUUGCAACCAUCGAUGGUGAACUUGGUUGGGCGGAUUACUUUCUUGGAGAAGGUUAUGAGCUGUAUCUCGUAGAUGUGCCUUCAAGAGGACGCUCCGCUUGGCAACAAGGCAUAGAUGGUCCCCAGUCCACUAUUGACACCACCUUCGUUGAGAGCCGUUUCACGGCUACCGAAGACUAUGAUAUCUGGCCACAAGCGGCGCUUCAUACGCAAUGGCCUGGCACCGGCAGGGUCGGAGACCCCAUCUUCGAUAAUUUUUACGCCGCCACAGUCCCAAGUCUCGUAUCAGAACUCGAAUCCUCUGAAAAAAUCAAGGUUGCGGGUUCUGCGCUUUUGGACCAGAUUGGACCUGCAAUCAUCAUGGUACAUUCCCAAUCUGGCUCCUAUGGUUGGAUACUAGCCGAUGCUCGACCGUCUCUUGUCCAAGCCGUUAUUGCAUUAGAACCAAUAGGUCCUCCCUUCAUGAAUGCCGUGUUCCCACCUUUAAUCGCUGCCCGUCCGUACGGUGUCUCCGAGACACCCUUACAGUAUUCGCCGCCGAUCAAUUCUCCGGACGAACUAGUACGAGACUUGGUUUACCACGACACAUCUGUGGGCGUUUUCUGUUAUCGCCAGACCCCUCCAGCGAGGCAAUUAGUGAAUCUUAUUGGCAUACCCGUCCUCAUGGUCACGUCUCCGUCCGGCUAUCAUGUUCUAUACGACAACUGCACCGCUGAUUACCUCGUGCAAGCGGGCGUCGCUGUCGACCAUAUCAAUCUCGCCGGAGUGGGUAUACACGGCAAUGGACACAUGAUGUUCAUGGAAGAGAACAGGCUGCAAAUUGCACGGGAUGUAGUGCAGAAGUGGUUGUUGAAGACGUUUGGAAGUAGUGUUUAG